AUGUCUGUUAUUCUCUGCACUGCCGGAUAUGACCACACGAUCAGGUUCUGGGAGGCCCUCUCGGGCAUCUGCUCGCGCACCAUCCAGCACCCAGACUCGCAGGUGAACCGCCUCUGCAUCUCGCCCGACAAGCGCUUCCUCGCCGCCGCCGGCCACCACACGGUCAAGCUCUACGACAUCAAGUCGACCAACCCGAACCCGUUGCUGACCUUCGAGGGCCACACGGGCAACAUCACCGGCGUCGCCUUCCACUGCGAGGGCAAGUGGAUGGUGACCUCGAGCGAGGACGGCACCGUCAAGAUCUGGGAGACCCGCACCGGCACCAUCCAGCGCAGCUACAACCACGGCAGCCCCGCCAACGACGUCGUCAUCCACCCCAACCAGGGCGAGAUCAUCAGCUGCGACCGCAGCGGCAGCGUCAGGGUCUGGGACCUGGCCGAGAACAACUGCAGCCACGAGCUGAUCCCCGAGGAGGACGUCAGCGUUAGCAGCGUCACCGUCGCCAGCGACGGGAGUCUGCUCUGUGCUGCCAACAAUGCCGGCAACGUCUUCGUCUGGGCCCUGAUCCAGAACUUCGACCACACGCAACUGUUGCCCGUAACCCACUUCUCGGCGCACAAGGAGUAUAUCACCCGAAUCCUCCUGUCUCCCGACGUCAAGAAGCUGGCUACCUGCUCCGCGGAUCACACUGCCAAGAUCUGGGAGGUGGCCGACGUCGACCCGGCCGCCCAGACUCCCUUGCCCGUACACAACGCCUCGACCUCGACCAACGGAACCCACAGCGUGCUCAACGGCGUCAACUUCCCCAACCCCUCGCCCACCUCGGAUCCCACCGCCCCGGACCUCAACGGCGCCGGCGCCCCGAAGCCCUACCCGCUCGAGGCCACACUGCAGGGCCACCAGCGCUGGGUGUGGGACUGCGCCUUCAGCGCCGACUCGGCGUACCUCGUGACUGCAUGCUCCGACCACUACGCGCGGCUCUGGGAGCUGCACUCGCAGCAGGUCAUCCGCCAGUACAACGGCCACCACCGCGGCGCCGAUGGCGGGGACCCCUCUGAGCUGCACACCGAGCUGCAGCGGGACCCUUACCACCGCCCCGCCGCCGAGGCCCUCGACGCCCUACGCCGGUACUAUGCCGAGCGCGCCAGCAUGCGAGCCGUCGAGUGGGAGCGCAGGCGCCAUCGGCACCCAGAGGAGGGAGGGUUGGCGACACAUACCGAGGCCGCCGCUGUCAUGUCGGCCCCGCGUGGGAGCGACUCCGACCGGGAGCAUGGCAGCGUGGAAUACGUAGGCGGACAGAGUAACGAACGAGAUGUGUUUGGGCGGAGUAAUGACGUAUUCGGCGUUCGCAACCCUGGAUUCCCAGUAGGUAGCGUUGACAGUCAGGUCGUGAUCAGUGGCGAAAGUAACCUGGUGGUGGUUGAUUUCCCGGAUCACGAGGGAGGAAGACAGGGCCCAGAAACUGCUACGGAGGGCGGCGAUGUUCUCAAUGAGGAUUGA